UAUGGUUGUAGGGAAAAAAACAAAAUCAGUGAGAACAAUUAUUACUGCAUUCAUAUAUGCAAUGGCCCAGAACAGGAUCCAAUUUGGCACCUCCUUCAUCUGAUACCCAAUCGUGCUGCAGUUUACCAUUGGGGAAUGCUGCUUUGAAAAGAUAUACUGUGUAAAUGCAAGCCAGUUAUACAGUACUCCAGAUAGUGUGUGAAAAAUCACUUACUCCAGCUGUAUCCGGAGAGACAUGCAGUACAUAAAGGAAAAUCAAGAAAAACGGUUGCCGACCUUGUUCUUACUGCUGGUGGCUGCUUUAACAGGUGCAGAUGACCCUUUGUGUAAACUAUAUGGGAAGCCUGAAUAUCCCCAGUUGUCGAAGGAAGGCGAUAUCAUCAUCGGGGGGAUUUUACCCUUCCAUAGCAGCUGGAAGGACAGGGAGCUCUCCUACACACACGCACCUCAACCUCUCCUGUGCACCAAUUUAAAUCUGAGAGCAUUCCAGUUUGCACAGGCGAUGAUCUUUGCCAUUGAGGAGAUCAACAACAGUACAGAUUUGCUACCUGGCAUAUCUCUUGGCUACAAGAUCUAUGACUCCUGUGGCUCCUCUGCAACUGCAGUGAUGGCAGGACUUGCACUGACAAAUGGCUAUCAGGAUUCAGCCUCAGCUGCUCCCUGCUCCAAAACAGCUGCAGUUCAGGCAAUUAUUGGAGAAACUUCCUCUUCACCCACGGUCGCCAUAUCUACAUCCAUUGGACCUUUUCACAUUCCCUUGAUCAGUCACUUUGCUACCUGUGCAUGUCUCAGUGACAAAACCAAACACCCAUCAUUUCUCAGAACCAUUCCCAGUGAUUAUUACCAGAGCAGAGCUCUGGCUCAGCUGGUGAAGCACUUUGGCUGGACCUGGGUCGGAGCUUUAUGCAGUGACAAUGACUAUGGAAUAAAUGGCAUGGCUGCCUUUCUUAAAGCUGCCAAACAACAUGGGGUCUGUAUUGAGUAUUCAGAGCCUAUUUUCAGAACCUUUUCAAAAGAGAAAUUUUUGAGAGUUGUAAAGAUUAUAAAACAGUCCAGCUCUAAGGUGAUUGUGGCAUUCCUCUCUCACUUGGACAUGGACGUACUACUCCAUGAACUAGCCCUCCACAAUGUCACAGGCUACCAGUGGAUUGGGAGCGAAUCCUGGAUCUCUGAUUCCUACAUUGCUAAAGUGGAGGGUCACCAUGUCCUCAGUGGAGCAAUAGGCUUUUCAAUUCCAAAAGCAAAGGUUACAGGCUUGCAGGAUUUCCUCUUGAAUGUUCUACCACUGAAUUCAUCUGGCAGUGUUAUUUUCACAAAGUUCUGGGAAACCCUGUUUGGGUGCAAAUUUCCCAGCGGGAGCACUUCAGAAAACGCCAAAGAGUGCACAGGUACAGAAGAUUUGAGUGAAAUAGAUAAUACAUACACUGAUUUAUCUCUGAUGCAAAUUUUUAAUAAUGUCUACAAGGGAGUGUAUGCAGUGGCCCAUGCAUUUCAAGAGAUUUUCACUUGCAACAAUGAUGCUCAUCUGUCAAACAGACAGACUUGUUUUAAAAAAGUGCUACCCGAACCAUGGAAGCUUCUACAGCAUUUGAAAAAAGUGCAUUUCAAAACAAAGGAGGGUGAAGAGGUUUAUUUUGAUGAGAAUGGAGAUCCAGCUGCAAAAUAUGAGUUGGUUAACUGGCAGCAGAACAGCAAAGGCGAGAUUGAGUUUGCCACAGUUGGAUUUUAUGAUACAUCUUUUCCUGUGGAAGAACGCUUAACCCUGAGUAAUGUAUCAAUUAUGUGGGCACAGAAUACACAACAGGUGCCUGUGUCAGUGUGCAGUGAGAGCUGUCCCCCAGGCACCUGGAAGGCUGUGCAGAGAGGAAAACCUGUCUGCUGCUAUGACUGUGUCCCCUGCGCUGAAGGAGAAAUCAGCAAUACUACAGAUUCUAUCACGUGUGUGCCGUGUCAUCCUGAAAACUGGUCGAAUAAAAGGAGAAAUGAAUGCAUCCUGAAGGAAACAGAAUAUUUAUCCUAUCAGGAAAUUAUGGGAAUAUUGCUUGCAGCACUCUCUUUACUUGGGACAUGCACAACCAGUAUUGUGGUGAUCAUUUUCUUCAGAUACAGACACACCCCCAUUGUAAAAGCCAACAACUCAGAGCUGAGUUUCCUGCUGCUCUUUUCAUUGAAACUGUGUUUCCUUUGCUCUCUUACCUUCAUCGGCCGGCCCUCUGAGUGGUCCUGUAUGCUGCGCCACACUGCGUUUGGGAUCACCUUUGUCCUCUGCAUCUCUUGUGUUCUGGGAAAAACAAUAGUGGUGUUAAUGGCCUUCAGGGCUACACUUCCAGGCAGUAAUGUCAUGAAGUGGUUUGGGCCUCUGCAGCAGAGAAUGAGUGUUCUUGCUUUCACUCUCAUACAGGUCUUUAUUUGUGUGCUUUGGUUAACAAUAUCCCCUCCUUUCCCCAACAAGAACAUGAAGCACUACAAAGAAAAGAUCAUUCUGGAAUGUGAUGUAGGAUCAGCAGUUGGGUUCUGGGCUGUGCUGGGUUAUAUUGGGCUUCUCUCUAUAUUGUGCUUUAUUUUAGCUUUUCUGGCUCGUAAGCUGCCUGACAACUUCAAUGAAGCCAAAUUAAUCACAUUCAGCAUGCUCAUAUUCUGUGCAGUCUGGAUCACCUUUAUACCAGCUUAUGUCAGCUCACCUGGAAAGUUCACAGUAGCUGUGGAAAUAUUUGCUAUUUUAGCUUCCAGUUUUGGAAUGCUCUGCUGUAUUUUCAUACCAAAAUGUUAUAUUAUUUUAUUAAAACCAGAUAAAAACAACAAAAAGAACUUAAUGGGUAAAGGGCCAUCAAAAUCUAAGUAAAACUGUCAAAAUAAUCAUAGCUGCAUCUCACAGGCCAUGAGUCUGACAACUAGAGCUUUCAUAGGUUUUAAUUAACAAUCUUUCACCAAUAGCUGUUCAAUUGCCCUCUAGUACUGGUUUUAGGAGGGAGGAGGAUGCACAUCAGCACAUCAGAUGAAACACUCUGUUGGUUUUCGUAUGGCUGGAUAGUAAUACACUAAUGUAUGCACAGAUUUCACGCUGUUCACGUUCUCAGUUGAGGGAAAUUGGCACCUUCUUCAUUUGAAGCCUGACGGUGAACUAAGUUCAACCCCUGAGAAUUGUUGUCCCGGUAACACACACUCCAUAAAUAUGAACUAAUAGUGCAGAACUGAGAACUGAGCUGCAGAGCAGUGAAGAAUGAUUUUGGAGAAUGUUAAAGUUACAAUCUCGAAGAUCUCCGUUUCGUUCUCUUUGGCGGUACCAAUGGUGAGAAGCGGUAAUUGCAGGUAGGUUUUUGGACCUCACUUCCCAUAGAUCCAACCAGAUCCAACCAGCGUCGCCUGUGUGACGUCAGUCAGUUGGGACCUGUGCCACGCCAACUAUAAUACUUACUAUUUACUGAAUAAAAAAUGGUUGCUAUAAAAGUAAUGUUAUGUACAUACUCAUUCAUUGUCUAACAUUAGGCUAACUUAAGCUGUCUUUACACUGCCGAGCCGGGUUAAA